UAUGGAUUAACAAUUAGAAUAGGUGAGUGUUGAUAUUCAGAAAAUAGUAUAUAAAAAAGCCAUGCUACAUGCUUGUAAAUAUUCCACUGAAGAUGUUAUAGGUAUUUAUUAAUAUAAUGAGAUAGGAAUUUUGAUUGGUUAAAUUACAGAUAAAAGUAUUAAUAUUGUAGAUGCAUAUCCUUUAUUCCACUCAAGAGUUAGUUUAAACACUUUGGAAGUUUCCUUAGAUAUUGUAAAUGAAUGCUCAAAUCAUAAAAUUAGAUAUCAAGCGAAUUAUAAAAUGAUAGAAAGAUUAUUGGAGUAUAUGAGGCAAAAGCAAAUUUCAGGGGAAUAAUGAGUGAGUUAGCUAGGGAAAUUUUAAAUAAUAUCAAUUAAAACAAAGCAAUUUUAAUGAGAAUUUCAUAAAUUGAGGUAGAUGAUACUUUUGUUUUGAAUGCUAAAGUAAGAAAUUUGAAUACAAUAAGAUUGUUUCGUAGAAUGAAAAUGUUAAACAUGUGAUUAAUUCUUCAAGUACGUUGGAAUGGUGGGUUAUUUAGGAUUGUUUGAAGGCUGGUCUUCAUUGGAAAAUUGUAGAUUUCGAUGCUCAUUUUGAGAAUGUGUAAUUAAAUUUCCGAAAUCAGUAUUUAGAAUGAAUUAUAUGAAAU